AUGAUUGAUGUCUACAACCCGAAUGCUCUGAAAGAGCUCCGUGCAAAAUUUAAUCUAAAAGCAGAUAAGUAUAGUCAGGAAUUGUCUCAAGUGGCUAGAGGAGCAGAUCACAAGAGAUUCUUUGGAAAAGUGAAAUUGGAAGCAUUCUGUGCAAUAAAAGAAAGGAUAGGUGAUGUCGAUGAUGGAGGGAAAUAUGCUUGUAAUCCAAGAGCAGUUAGGAAGGAUAAUUGCACACUAAUCUCCCUUGGCCUCAACAAUGCAAUUUCCUAUGACCAACACAUUCAAAAUGUGACAGUAGGACAUUGUAGGAUACUUGGAGCUGAUAAGGAUCCACAGAACAUUACAAUUCAAGAGGACUAUGAGAGAAUAAAUGGACAAUUGUUUGUUGGAAUGAUUCCGAAUGAAAUAUCCAUUACGAGUAUGCUGAAAAAGGCAGAGAGAAGAGAAGUUGAGCUAUUGAAGAUUGAUAUUGAAGGAGGGGAGCAUGAGGGUCUAGAGCCAUUCAUCAGGGAGUAUCGAGUUUGUCAGAUCUUCAUAGAAGUCCACGGAACCCCAUCUGAACAUCUGAAAAUAUACAACUUCCGAAUCUUCAACGUGGAACCCAAUCCAUACUGUUUCAAUUGUUGUGAAUACAGUCUGAUUCAGGAUAGUUGUAUGGAUCAAUAUGGAGUGUAUCCGUUGGUUCCGAUUGUGCCGAAAGUUGAAUUUUAA